UCCGGCAUGACUAGCAGUCACUACGCCCUGGUGUGGCGCGGAUGAGGGUCGGGGUGCGCUGCGUGAAGACAGUCGGGGGGUGGGGGUUCCCCCUGCUCUGGGCGCGGUGACUUGGAGGAGAUUGCGGGGAGGCGCCCAUGAGGAGGGAAUUCUCGGAGCAUUUCAGCCGGCGUCUGGGCGCGCGUACACACCCCCGGGGCGGUUCCCUGCCUUCUCAAGUUCGAGAUCUGAUUCUUUUGGGGAAAAAACAAACAAACAAACAGACCUUGCCACUUUCCAUCCUCUUACACUUGGGUUAGAAAUAGCGUUUCAGAGAAACUAGUUUUCUUGGUAGAGUUCACCUGGGCUGGAGAGAAUGACAGCUUGCAAAACUCUUCAGUCUAUGAAUAAAUCAUGUACACAGUUUUCUUCCUCCAGGAAGAAUGUCAUAGAAUUGAAGAUUCAGGAAGCCAACGCAGGUCAUUUAGUCAAACGCACACACCCAACUCCCGACGGCCCUCUAAAAGGGGAAACAGAUGGGAAGGGUUUAUAUGAAAAGUUCCCCAGCCAGGCAGUGGCAGGACUGGGACCUUAAUCUGCCCCUCAACUCUUUGGUUUAUAAAUGAGGGCGCUUUUCUGGAAGUGUUUGUUGUCGCUGUUCAGUUGCUAUGUAGUGAGUGUCGGACUCUUUUGCGAGGCAAUGGACGGUGGUUUUUCAGGCUCCUCUUUCCUUGGGAUUCUCAAAGUGUGAGUAACUCCAAAUGAGAAAAUAAAGAAGAAACAAGUCCCGUGAUUGCUGUCUUCCCCAUAGUCCCUCCCCGCAGGGUGGGGCCCUGAACCAGACUGAUAAUUUAGCUACCAGAGGCCCUGGUUUAUCCUAAGCUGUGAAACUGGAUGAGAGGCCCGCCCCUCGAGUGUCUGACCACGGGGCUCUUUAACUGAAAACUGCAGCUCCAAGUCAGGGUGUGCUGAUUUGAAUCUUUUCCUCCUGUGAAGAGGCAAGAGAGAUGCAUUUCAUCUUCUCAGAUGAGGUAGUGCUUCUCUUUGAUUUCUGGAGCGUCCACAGUCCUACAGGCAUGGCCCUUUCGGUGUUGGUCAUCCUGCUUCUGGCAGUGUUGUAUGAAAGCAUCAAGGUUGGCAAAGCCAGGCUGCUCCACCAGGCCCUGAUGAACCUGUCCAUCCCCACCAGCCAGCAGCUUAUUGAAGAGGCAGAUCAGGAUUCUUCAAGCUCAGACUCCCUGCCUGUCAGCAGAAGCCCUCUCAGGUGGUUUCUGUGUCACUUCGGCCAGUCUCUGCUCCAUGUUGCUCAGGUGGUCGUUGGCUACUUCAUGAUGCUGGCGGUUAUGUCCUACAACACCUGGAUUUUCUUCGGCGUGGUCCUGGGCUCAGCAAGCUCACGGAACCCUGAAAGCAACUGCAGGGGCUGAGUAGGGCUGUCCAAGGCCUGAGUCUGUCUGUCUCCCAUGAAGACAACUCUGUGCUCCGCAAAACCCAGCCCUGAAACGCUGUUCCCCUCAGCAGACACCCUCAAUGCCAGCCUAGUCAACAAGUCAUUCUUCUGUUUACAUAACAAAUAAUGAUGGUGAACCUGCCAUAAGAAAAAGAACUGUCACAUGGACUAUAAACGCCCAUGUCGGCACUGUUAUUAGCACCUUCUCUCCCUGAGGGCAGAAGCAAAAAUAUAUCAAAGCCGCUUUUUAAAAUUUACAGUAAGAAAGAGCUGAAACAGAAAGUAUAGUAUGUGACGCCUUCAGUACUGAUCGGUGUAUUCUCCCCACAUAAGCAGGGAGCUGGGAAGCUGCUCAGUGUCACAACAGGUGUUAAGAUUUGUAGUCUUGUAGUUGGACGGUCAGGCAUCCACUUCUGUGUCCAGCUAAGGUCCCUCCUCUGCCCUGAGGCACCGCUGAGAUAAUCUCCAUAGGUGGCCAGCAGCCUCUUUAGUUUGAUGGUUUCUUUAAAUACAUUUGAGGCUUUCACAGCAUGGAGGGCUUUUAAAAAAUCUACUGUCUACAGAAAUGGAUUAUAGGGCCAUGUUAAGUAGGCAUUUCAACUGUAUUCAGAGCCAACUCUCAAAAGGUGGUAUUUUCUCUGCUUGAAUUUUUGUUUUUAACAAACACCUAUAUAAAACUUAUUAUGUGCCAGACAGGCAGUGUUCUAAGCACUUUACAGUAUUAACUCAUUUAAUUCCCACAAUAAAGUAGAAAGUAUUUCUGUCCUUGUCUUAGAGAUGAGGACACUAAGGCAGCUAAGUACAGUCACCCAGCUAAUAAGUGGUCAGGCUCCCUGGCCUGGAGUCUGCUCAUCAACUCAGAUGAGGGUUGUGGCUAAGAGAGUAACUGGCUUCGGCCACAUGGCAUCCAGUGGAACAAGGGUGUGAAUGCAGACAGUGGAGACUGAAAAGUCUAUGCUGUGUGUAUUUCACCCUAACAGGAUGGAAAAUUCUGUUUCAGGGGACCUGGGGUGGGGCCCAGGAGCCUAUAUUUCUGACAUACAACACUGCCCUCCUCCCUCAACCCAAGACAGAGGCUGCUGGGCUGGCCGAGAGGCCUGGCCCCAGAAUCCCAUGGCCAGGAUUUGCAUCCCUGUUCUGUUACUAGCUGUGUAAUGUUAGACGGGUGACUUUACCUCUCUAAGCCUCAAUGUCCUCUAUAAAAGGAUAAAUAUCUUCUGUGAGGGCCGCUGGAGAUGAGACAGUCUGGGUAAAGUCCCCCACAAUAGCGCCUACUUGUUAAACAACAGAGUUUAGUAAAUGGUAGUUCUUACUGCCUCCCAGGCCCACAAACGGAAAACAGGCUCAAAGCUAUCAUCAAAAAGGAUACAUCUGAUUGUCAGGUGAGAUGGAAUGGAACCUGGGUUCCUAUCUUAUAAACAUUUUAAAUCAGGGAACAUUUUUAUUAAAGUUAUUCUACUUUUUAAAGACUGCCUACAGGGUCUUUGGAAAAUGCUGGAA